AUGUUGGGAGUCCGAGCUUUGAUGCUGCUCUCGCUGGCGGCGCUCGCCAGCCCCCAAACCAUCGACAGUCUGCAGGCUUGCGGAAAAGGCUGUUACGACAAUGUGGUGAACAAGGCCGGCGAGUUCAACUGCGCGGCCAUGGAUUUCAACUGCCUCUGCCGCGUUGACUCCUUUACCGCGGGGAUUCGUGACUGCGCCCUGGCAGCAUGCGGGCCUGACUAUAUGCCGACUGUCACAAACGCGGUGGCUGCUCAGUGUGCAACUAAUGCGAAGCCAGCGGCCGCCCCGGGGUUCGUUCCGGCAACCUCGUCAUCAUCAUCUGCUCCCGCCCCCACAACAACCGAGGCGCCAACAUCGACGUCCUCCUCUUCUUCGGAGGUGGCCUCGACAACCUCGAGCUCGACAAGCACGACUGUGAGUACGUCGACAUUGUCGUCAUCGUCGUCAUCGGCAGCAACGAGCUCGGCCACUUCGAUGGUGGUCCCGACCAGGGUUGCCCCCAGCAGUACAUCGGCAACAUCAACCAGAGCGGCAGCAACCUCGAGUGCGGCCGCUACCCCUGAGCCAUCUGGCCUCACCGAAGCUGCUAAGAUCGGCGUUGGUGUCGGUGUCGCUGCCGCUGUGAUCGCCAUUCUUGCGCUGGUUGCAUGCGUAUUUCUGCGGAAGCGGCGUGCGAGGCAGCUAUCCGCCAGGACGGACCGGUUCAAGAUUUCGCACCCGAUGCCCAGCGACGAGCACUCGUAUACGCGCGACAAUAACUCGAAUCACGAUAUCGGCUCUGGCGAUCUGGAGAUGAAGAGCCGCCGGUACGAGGACAUGCUCCCGCGACAGCAGCCACGGCAGAUGGUCUAG